GAAAAAAGGUUUCAUACAGAAGACAUCAUGCCCUUGGAAAAAAUGUCAUAAACUUAAUGAUUUAAAGAAGAAAGAUGUAACCUAUUUUACCAUGAAAAAGCGUUCAAGCCCUGUAUUUUAACAGAGUCACACUAGUACUUGUUAAAUUGAGAUUAAGGCAGAAUAACUUGUGAAACUCCGUUUAAACACAGGAUUGGUACGCGUUUUCAUGAGACAUUGUUUUGUUUUCUACAUUGUACGCACUAUGUACACUUUGUCCAAAAUUCCAGAGUGCAGAAAAAAUUUCGUCGCAAAACAAAGUGCGCAGUGCGCACUCUACAUGAAGUUCUCAUUAGAAACACUGAUGAUGAAUAUGAAUUUGAAGGAAAUUCAUAAUAAAGACAUCAGUUGAAAGAAAGUAUAAAUAUUAUUUUGUAAUGUCUCUAAUUAAAAUUCUUUGAUUCUCAAAGCAGAAAUGAUAUAAUAUAAAAUAAAUCAUUACGAUAAAAAAAUAUAUCAGCAGCGAUAUAUUAUAAUAUAUUACAGAAUUAACUGAAGAUCAUCGAAAAUUAAUUUAUUAAUAAAGAAAAGAGAAUAGAAUAUUUUAAGUUAAUAAACAAAAUAAAAACCAAGAAAUAAUUUAAUAAAACUUUUCUAUGUUUAUUUAGAUGGAAGUUUUUUAAUUCGUAUUUUCAAAAAUCAAAUUUUAUCACUUGUUAUUGAUAUUCAGACGCAUCAAGGAUGUGCAUAUGAAAUCGAAGAAAUAAAUAAAUUUAUAUAUACGCAAAUCUUUACUAUGUUCAGUGUUUUACAAUAUUUAGAUUUUCAUCCAUCUUGUUCUGCUUAUCCCCGUGUAUCAUUUGGUAUAUCACCUCCAAAUGUUUUCUCUUCAACUCUAUUAGAAUCGCAUAUUAUGGUACAUACUUACGCAGAUUGUCUUUAUUUACUUGACGGUCGUUUCAGCCAACUUCAUACAUUCUAUGUUACUAUAUUCGAUGUGACUGUUCCUGUAUUGACAACAAUCAAUAAUGAAGUAGGUUACUCAUAUUAA